AUAUAAUAUAUAUUACACAUUCAUACAUAUUAUACCUAGUUGCCCAUCAAUUUUCUUUCACUUUUAAAAAUUAAUUGAUCAAAUUCGUAUGGAAGUUCGUGUUCGUUCGUGUUUAAUUAUCGUUGUUUACGUUUCAUAGUCAUCGUUGCAAUGGACCUAUCUGGCUUUUGUCGAUAUUGUCUGACGGAAGACGAUGCAAAAACGCCCAUAGUCGAAGACCCUGAUGGGCUGGCUGAGAAAAUAAAUAUGUGUUUACCAAAUAAAUUUUCAGAAGAAGAUCCAUUCCCAAAAAUGAUAUGUAACGGUUGUCAUAGAAAACUAUUGGAAACUUAUAAUUUCUUUAUGUGCAUUCAAGAGACUGAAAAUCAUUUUCGUGGCAUCUUAGAUCAAAUGAACCAGCCACAAAGUGAUUGCGAUGUAGAGACACCUACUGUUAGAAGACCAAGCAAAAGAAAGUCUGGACCUUGUAAACGUUUGCCUGUUAAAUCUCCUAAGAAAACUACUCAUGCUGAGAAUGCAGAAAAGAAUGAAGAUCAGAAUAAAUCUGGGGAUGAACCCUCUGAGAGUUUGACAGAAAAACAAGAUAAACCCCUGCAUGUAUGUGAAAUCUGUGAUCGUACAUUUCAAAAUCUUUUGGCAUUUAACACUCAUGUUUUAAACCAUAAUAAUGAACCUCCUACUAUUUCAUGUGAGUCAUGUGGUUAUACAACACAGCAUCGAUCUUCUAUGUACCGUCAUCAAAAACGUCAUUUAAAGCAGUCUAAGUAUACAUGUUCAGAAUGCAAUAAGAAUUUUAUUACAGAAAGUUCACUAAAUGAACAUAAAAAUAAGCACACUGGUGAUAAGCCAUUUAAAUGUGAGUCAUGUAAAAAAUCAUUUUCAUUAUCUCGAUACUUGGCAACGCAUAUGCGCCUUAUACAUGGGGACACAGUAUCAUAUGUGUGUACUCAAUGUGGGCGAAAAUUUGAUGAUCGUAGUUCACUUGCUUUACACCGCCGAACACAUAAAAGGGCCAUGUCUUGUCUGUGUGACAUAUGUGGCAAAGAAUUGUCUAGCAGAGAACAUUUGAAGUUGCACAAACGAUUACAUACUGGAGAGAAACCAAACGUAUGUAGUUUCUGUGGUAAAGGUUUUGCAAAACAAUGUACAUUAGUAUUACAUCUCAGAACUCAUACUGGUGAAAAGCCAUACCAAUGUGAUCAGUGUGGUAAGACAUUUUCACAGCGGUCUUCUUACGUAAUUCAUUAUAGAAAACACACUGGAGCAAGACCUUAUGUAUGUACUUGUGGUAGUGGUUUUGUAUGUAGAGCAAUGUUAACUGCACAUGAAAAGACAUGUGCUUUUGUUUUUCCUAUCAACAUGUACCAAAGCAUGUAUUAAUUUUAUUAACAUUAUUUUUAAUAUUUUUUAUUCUUUAAAAAAUUUAUUAUUGUUUCUGUAAUUAUCAUUGUUAUGACUUGAUUAUAAUUUAUAAUACAUCUUUAUUUCAAAUGCCAUA